AUGACUCAACUUGAAUUGCACCCAUAUCUUUUCUUCAAUGGCAAAUGUGAAGAGGCUAUGAAUUAUUAUCACUCUAUCCUUGGUGGCAAACUUGAAAUUUUAAAGGCUGACCAAGAAACAGAGAAGUAUUGCCCAUCCAUGCAAGGAAAGGUGAUGCAUAGCUGUUUGAAAUUAGAUUCUGGCAAUGUAUUGCAUGGCAGUGAUGAACCAAAUAAUUUUGAAGCUCACACUGGAUUUGCAGUUUCCAUCACAGCAAAAAGUGUUGAACAAGGAGAACAAUUGUUCAAUGCUCUCGCAAAAGAUGGAAAAGUUACCAUGGCAUUUGGAAAGACACAUUUUUCACCUGGAUUCGGCACCUGCAACGACAAGUAUGGUGUUGGAUGGAUGAUUUACGUCUGUACUGGACAACCAAGUGUGAGCACCAAUUAA